AUGGUGGACGUUGGCUACAUGGGUACUCUGCCGGGCACAAACUUGCAUACAAAUAGUGGCAGAUCUAGAUCCAAAUCUGGCGCCAGCAGAUCGUUAAACGUCUUUACGUGCCCUUCGAAUCAACAAGCUUCUUCACCUCACCAUCAUGAUAUCCCCUCUCUGAAUUCAGCUCCUCCCAGGAGUGCUCAUUCAAGCGACUAUCCUGCCAUCCCGCGCUUCAGCGCUACCUCCGACGCCGACUCUCAAAUCGACCUGCUACUCGGGCGUUUACGUCGUGUACCCGGAGGAUACCGAUGUCAGCAAGUCGGUUCCAUCGGCGUCGCGGAUGCACAAAGAUUGACUACCAGCUACCAUGCGGCAUGCCCGAAGAACAAGAUUGUCCUGAUGGGCUACUCUCAGGGUGCUAUCGUGUCAGGCAGUGCUCUGGCUGGAGGCCCGGCUUAUGUUCCCAUCUUUGGAUCGACUGGAGCAGGUCAUGCGGCGUUGGAUAGUGAGAUUGGAGAUAGCAUCUUCGCGAUCCUUCAAUUCGGCGAUUUGAACUGUAUUCAGGUUUGGGUCUUGAAGGCGAGGUAUCGGACAAGCCAUGCCUCACAGACUCGGUUGGUUAAACGCUUCUUACGUAUAGGAUACAUUCGUCGUCUCUCCAGUGAAUCAUCACCCAAGAACGGUCCACAGGCGUACCCACGAAACGGCUCUGCUGAGGUGGACUGGCGAUACUACAGCAACAAGAUUGAUGACUUCUGCGCAAAUUCUGAGGGUUCUUGGUGCAAGAACAAGUUAACCUCUUCGCCCACUUGGGAUAUUAUACUAAGGAGAAUGCGGAGGCGGCUAGUAACUCUGUGUUGGGCAAGCUCAAUGGCACUCUGUGAAAGCCGCUAUCGUCUGGAUGUUUACGAAGCCCCGAUGAAUGACAUGUCGCCUUUGUAUUGCGAGAGGAGGGCGUUUCUCAAGGAGUUGCACGCAUCGGGCAUGACUCCGCCAUGA